GUAAGGAAGGAUGAUCUUUUAAGUUGUGUGUACGUACGUGUGGGUGAGAGAGAAAGAAAGCGAGAGGAAGGGAGCGACCACGAAGACGAAGGGGAAAUGGCAGGCAUCUGUUGCUAUGGAAGCACACAUCCAACCCUAGGGCACAGUAUGAAGUCAGAUUUCCACAAAAAGAGAGUCCUUAGCUUACAAUGCCGCUCCACUGCACCCACCAACAGCAACAGCAAGAGACCCAAUCCAACUCCACCGCUCUUGAAACUUGCUGUUACCGGACUUACGGAGCUCCUUAGGAUAUUCUCCUCCGGCAGUGGGAGAUUGGACACGGAGUACUCUGUGGAGGAAAAUGAAGUUCCAGUUUCAAACAUUGAUGAUGUUGUGAUGACCCUCAAGUUAGACUAUGAAAAUUCAUAUUUUGUUACAGGAAUUUUCACGUCAGCAAUUUAUUUAGAAGAUUGUCUGUUCGAAGAUCCAACUAUAAAGUUUCGGGGUACAAAAUUGUAUUCCCGUAACUUGAAAUUGCUCGUGCCUUUCUUUGACAGUCCAUCAAUUGUGUUAAAAAAGAUUGAGAAGGCCGCAGCCCUCCUUCCCCCUUUCUCAUUUCACGUUCCAGACAAAGAGAGAAGAGAACGACGAAGACUGGAGAUUGAACCAGAAGAAGAUCGACGCCCGACCACCACCAAGGAUUGCAAUUCUGAAACAAGUUUUGUAUCAGCAACCUGGAAACUAAGGACCUUUCUCAGACUUCCAUGGAGGCCACUUAUUUCAGUUAAUGGGAGUACGGUAUACGAAUUAGAUGACAAUUUCAGAAUUGUUAGGCACGCCGAGAGUUGGGACAUUUCCGCCCUUCAAGCAAUUGGCCAGAUAUUUACACCAAGCUUUCUAGUGCAUCGGUAAUAAUUGUCUCCCCCCUUACUUCCUGGAAGUUUCACAAGACCAAGUUAAUACUUGAUACUGCAGAAGAUCAACAAUUCCAAGUUGACACUGAUUCUUCGCAGUUUUCAGACUCAUAUUAGUGACUGCUGCUAUUUUAGAAUUACUUGGCUAUAACCUUGUGGAUCUCCUUUAUAGAAUUCUGUAGCAGACAAUAUUGUGAAUAUCGUGUCAUGGAAAUAUAUAUAUGCAAGUACCUACUGGCAAUAUGUUCUUGCACUU